UUUUAAAAUCCUUUCACAUCGGCAAGGCAUCAAUCAAGCCAUUAACAAACUAGGGAAGUUGAUUGGCCCCACUUCAGCACAGCACAGUCGACGUCACUACUCUUGCGGGUCAGCGUUUCUCCUGCAUCAACUAACGGACACGACACAUCACACAUGGAGCGCGUUACUUGUUCGACGUAAUGUCUCAGUAACAGUAACAACGAAAAAUAAGCCAAGCCAACCCAGCUUCAUUCCUCGAACAGAAAACUAAAAAUAAAAAAAGGAAAUAUUUUGAGAUUGAGAGCAAAAAGCUAACGAUUAGACAAGUCCGACAGAGAUGUGGAGGCGCGUGGCUUCGCUUUCUUCCUUCAUCUCAUCCUCCAACUCUUCCUUUCUUGCCCAGGCAGCAUGCAGAUUGAACAUUUGGGAAUCAUUAACGACAGGGAUCGCGCAACAGGCAAAAGGUGUAAUAGUCCCCAAAGAGAAAACUCCAUUCAUAACUUUUGUCCUAGGUGGUCCUGGUAGUGGAAAAGGUACUCAGUGUAUAAAGAUUGUUGAGACCUUUGGGUUCAGACAUUUGAGUGCUGGAGACUUGUUAAGGAGGGAAAUAGCUUCUAACAGUGCAGAUGGUGCCAUGAUUCUUAACACGAUUAAAGAAGGAAAAAUUGUCCCUUCAGAGGUGACAGUCAAACUGAUACAAAAGGAGAUGGAAUUAAGUGAAAAUCACAAAUUUCUCAUUGAUGGUUUCCCUCGUACUGAGGAGAACCGAAUAGCAUUUGAACAAAUUAUUGGAGUAGAGCCAAAUGUUGUACUUUUCUUUGAUUGCCCAGAAGAAGAAAUGGUGAAACGUGUGCUGAAUCGUAAUCAGGGUCGAGUUGAUGACAACUUAGAAACAAUCAGAAAACGCCUUAAAGUUUUUGAGGCAUUGAAUCUUCCGGUUAUUAACUACUACUCUCAGAGAGGAAAGCUCUAUAAGAUCAAUGCAAUAGGAACAGUAGAUGAAAUAUUUGAACAAGUUCAUCCGGUCUUUCGUGCCUUUGAGCAGGUCGUUGGAUGAGGUUCUUAUGAAACAAGCUCAUCAGAGGAACAUGAAGAUCCUUUUACCUUGUUUUGGAGGUCAGUUGAACUUAAAAAGUUUCCAGUAAGAUGAGGAAAUUAGAGAAAAAGAAGAUUGGUAAUAUGGUUGAGGUGAAUUUGAUGAUGGAUGUACAUUAGCUCAACUGCGAGAAAGUAGUGGAGUGUUGCAGCUCAACAGUCUAUUAGCUCAACGUAACUGCAUAAGAAAACAAAAUAAUCUGACAAUUUAUAUUGACUAAGGACUGCUAUUCAGUUUUCCUUACCUUUUUAAGUUUUUACUCAAAAUAACAUGCAAGAUAUAUGAGGCUGAAUUCUAGCGUUCAAGUUCGUAAUAAAUA